GCACUCAAGUGUCAUCGUCAAGCAUUAGUUGUUGUCAAUUCAAUUGGCGCUUUUUUAAUCAACCAAAUAGUUUUGUUAAAAUUUUGAUUAUAAAAUGGAAGACGAGGAGAAGCUUGCUCAAUGUCGAAAUGCUAUCAUGGUAUUUGUAAUCAAUAAUAUAGAAAAUAAAUUACCUAUAAAAGAAGAGGAAAUGCGCGACAUACUUGAUAAAGACAAAGCACUGUUCAAGCGAUGUCUACCAAGUGUAAUUCAAACGUUGAAAACGGUUUACGGAAUAAUUUUGCAACGCGUACCUGAUUCUAGAAAAUACAUUUGCUAUUCGGAGUUAACUGCAUCCUCCACAGCGGAAUAUGAUUUGGAACAAGUUCGUCAUUUAACAUUGUUAUUUGUUAUACUCUCUUAUUUGUUAAUGAAAGAUUCCCGUGUGGAUGAAGAACAGCUAUUUCUUUUCCUCAAAGGACUACGGAUAGAUAUCGAUGAAGAGCAUACAUUUUUUCUUGGAAAUCUAAGAAAGCUUAUUUGUGAAACUUUUGUUAAGCAAUUAUAUUUGAAGCGAGAAAAGUCAAAUUCUGAAACAGACAUGGAAACAAGGUAUUUAUUCUCGUGGGGUUAUCGCGCAACUGUGGAAUUUCCACCGAAAGAUGUUUUAGAACAAACAGCACAGAUUCUUGGCAAGGAAGCUAGCGAAUUUGUUGCUAUAUAUAAUAAAUACUGUUCUAACGAUAAUGAUCACGAAAUGGCUGUGGAUUAAAUUUAUUAUUCAAAAUAGUUGCAUACUUGUUAUAGCAGUACCUAAUACAUAUUCUAACUAAUCGUGUAUGUAUGUUAACUUUUUUUUAAGUAGUUCUAGCUUUUUAUAUCUUUUAAUUACAAUUUAAAACC